AUGUCCGACAUAACCAUCUCCUCCCUGGCCCGCAUCUCCCGCGAAGCCCUCGCUGAACAACUGCUCGCAACCCCGAUUUCCCAAACCACGACCCCGAAUCCUUCCUCCUCCACCUCCACCACCCCCACCGGCACAUCCUCCUCCACCUGCGCGCAAUCACCGCCGGGAUCCAGCACCACCCCUGCCCCGAGCAUUGCCAUCGUCGACGUCCGCGACGGCGACCACAUUGGCGGCCACAUCCGCGGCAGCACGUGGGUCCCCAGCAGCGAACUGGAUUUCCGCACUCCGCAACUCGUGCGCGACCUGCAAGAUAAGGAUGUCGUGGUUUUUCACUGUGCGUUGAGUCAGCAGCGCGGGCCGAGUGCGGCCUUGAGGUAUUUGAGGGAGAAGAGGAGGUUGGAUGGGGAGGGGAGUGUGAGUAUUAGUGGUGGCGUUGUGAAGGAGGGGUUUGAGAAGGUUGAUGGGGAAGGGAAGGAAGGGCUGGCAGAAGGAGAGGGCAAGGGGAAGAAGAAGGUGCAGAAGGUUUUGGUGUUGGAAGGUGGGUUUACAAAGUGGCAGGAGGCGUAUGGGAGUGAUGAGCGGUUGACGGAGGGGUGGCAGAAGGAUAUCUGGGAGUGGGGCAAUUGA